ACGCUGCCACAUCCUAUGGGAAAAGAUAUCAUUAGCAUUGCAGAACACGGAGAGAUACGCCGAAGUAAAGGAUUGCAACAAGUCCUGGUGACAUUAGAAGCGGCGGAGGCUGCUCCCGGCGAAGGCCACUCAUAUGGCAAGAG